CUGGGGCGCGGAGCCGCCGGAGGGGGAGGGAGAAGGAGAGUCUGUGAGUCGCUGGGAGGCAGCGCGGCGGUGGCUGUGAGGAGUCCGCGUGCGGAGCCGCCCGUGACUCGGGCCCGGGGGGCCUGCGCUUGGGUCGGCAAGGCCGGAGCGGCUCCCGGAGCUCCGAGGCCGGAGCAGAGGAGGAAUGUGAGCAGGGGUCGGCGGGGGCGCGGGAGUACGCGAGCGGCGGGAUGGGGCAGCAGGUGGGCCGCGUCGGGGAGGCUCCGGGGCUCCAGCAGCCGCAGCCGCGCGGGAUCCGGGGCAGCAGCGCAGCCAGGCCCUCGGGCCGCAGGCGGGACCCGGCGGGGCGUACCGCGGACACCGGCUUCAAUGUCUUCGCCCAGCACGAUCACUUUGCCAGCUGUGUGGAGGAUGGAUUUGAGGGAGACAAGACUGGAGGCAGUAGCCCAGAAGUUUUGCACCGCCCUUAUGGCUGUGACGCUGAAUCUCAGGCACUGAAUGAAGCCAUCAGGUGGAGCUCCAAGGAGAACUUGCUGGGAGCCACUGAGAGCGACCCUAACCUCUUUGUUGCACUUUAUGACUUUGUGGCAAGUGGUGACAACACACUCAGUAUCACUAAAGGUGAAAAGUUACGAGUCCUUGGUUACAACCAGAAUGGCGAGUGGAGUGAGGUUCGCUCCAAGAAUGGACAGGGUUGGGUACCAAGCAACUACAUCACUCCAGUGAACAGCUUGGAGAAGCAUUCCUGGUACCACGGACCCGUGUCCCGGAGCGCAGCAGAGUAUCUCCUCAGCAGCCUCAUCAAUGGCAGUUUCCUGGUGCGAGAGAGUGAGAGCAGCCCUGGGCAGCUGUCCAUCUCACUCAGGUAUGAGGGCCGUGUGUAUCACUACAGAAUCAAUACCACCACGGACAGCAAGGUGUACGUGACUGCGGAGAGCCGCUUUAGCACCUUGGCAGAGCUUGUCCACCACCAUUCUACAGUUGCUGAUGGGCUAGUGACCACACUUCACUACCCAGCACCCAAGUGUAACAAGCCAACCGUCUACGGUGUGUCUCCUAUCCAUGACAAAUGGGAAAUGGAACGAACAGAUAUUACCAUGAAGCACAAACUUGGGGGCGGUCAGUAUGGAGAGGUUUAUGUUGGAGUCUGGAAGAAAUACAGCCUUACCGUCGCUGUGAAAACACUGAAGGAAGAUACCAUGGAGGUAGAGGAGUUCCUGAAAGAAGCUGCAGUGAUGAAGGAAAUCAAGCAUCCUAAUUUAGUACAGCUGUUAGGUGUGUGUACCCUUGAGCCGCCGUUUUACAUUGUGACUGAAUACAUGCCGUAUGGGAAUCUGCUUGAUUAUCUCCGGGAAUGCAACCGCGAGGAGGUGACGGCAGUUGUGCUACUUUACAUGGCCACUCAGAUCUCUUCUGCAAUGGAGUAUUUGGAGAAGAAGAAUUUCAUCCACAGAGACCUUGCUGCACGGAACUGCCUCGUGGGAGAGAACCAUGUGGUGAAAGUGGCUGACUUUGGUUUAAGUAGGCUGAUGACUGGCGAUACCUACACUGCUCAUGCUGGAGCCAAAUUUCCUAUUAAAUGGACAGCACCUGAAAGUCUGGCCUAUAAUACCUUUUCAAUUAAAUCUGAUGUUUGGGCUUUUGGAGUACUGUUGUGGGAAAUUGCUACAUAUGGAAUGUCACCAUAUCCAGGUAUUGACCUAUCUCAAGUCUAUGACCUACUGGAAAAAGGAUAUCGAAUGGAACAGCCUGAGGGAUGCCCUCCUAAAGUGUACGAACUCAUGAGAGCAUGCUGGAAGUGGAGCCCUGCCGACAGGCCCUCUUUUGCUGAAACCCAUCAAGCUUUUGAAACAAUGUUCCAUGACUCCAGCAUCUCUGAAGAGGUAGCUGAGGAGCUUGGCAGAGCUGCCUCCUCAUCAUCUGUGGUUCCAUACCUGCCUCGAUUGCCUCUGCUUCCUUCCAAGACACGGACCCUGAAGAAGCAGGGGGAGAACAAAGAGAACAUAGAUGGGGUCCUUGAAGCCUCCGAGAGCCUGGCCUCCAGCUCGGCACCAGCAGGAUUCAUUAGAAGUGCACAGGCCUCCAGUGGGUCCCCAGCUCUGCCUCGAAAGCAAAGAGAUAAGUCACCUAGCAGCCUCUUAGAAGAUGCCAAAGAGACAUGCUUCACCAGGGAUAGAAAGGGAGGCUUCUUCAGCUCCUUCAUGAAAAAGAGAAAUGCCCCCACACCCCCUAAACGCAGCAGCUCCUUUCGAGAAAUGGAGAAUCAGCCCCACAAGAAAUAUGAACUCACGGGUAACUUCUCAUCUGUUGCUUCUCUACAGCAUGCUGAUGGGUUCUCUUUCACUCCCAGCCAGCAAGAGUCGAAUCUGGUGCCAGCCAAGUGCUAUGGGGGGAGCUUUGCACAGAGGAACCUCUGUAAUGAUGACAGUGGUGGGGGUGGGGGCAGUGGCACUGCUGGGGGCGGGUGGUCUGGCAUCACAGGCUUCUUUACACCUCGCUUAAUCAAAAAGACACUGGGCUUGCGAGCAGGUAAACCCACAGCCAGUGAUGACACUUCCAAGCCUUUUCCAAGGUCCAACUCUACAUCUUCCAUGUCCUCAGGGCUUCCAGAGCAGGAUAGGAUGGCAAUGACCCUUCCCAGGAACUGCCAGAGGUCCAAACUCCAGCUGGAAAGGACAGUGUCCACCUCUUCUCAACCAGAAGAGAAUGUGGACAGGGCUAAUGACAUGCUUCCAAAAAAAUCUGAGGAAGGUGCUGCUCCAGCCAGGGAGAGACCAAAAGCCAAACUCUUGCCCAGAGGAGCCACAGCUCUUCCCCUGAGAGCCCCUGAUGCAGCCAUCACAGAAAGUGACUCUCCAGGGGUAGGGGUGGCUGGAGUGGCAGCUGCCCCCAAAGGCAAGGAAAGGAAUGGUGGGACGCGACUUGGAGUCGCUGGAGUCCCAGAGGAUGGAGAGCAGCCAGGCUGGUCUUCCCCAGCCAAGGCUGUAGCUGUCCUCCCAACCACUCACAACCACAAAGUGCCAGUUCUUAUCUCACCCACUCUGAAACACACUCCAGCUGAUGUGCAGCUCAUUGGCACAGACUCUCAGGGGAAUAAAUUCAAGCUCUUAUCUGAGCAUCAGGUCACAUCCUCUGGAGACAAGGAUCGACCCCGCCGUGUAAAACCAAAGUGUGCCCCACCCCCGCCGCCAGUGAUGAGACUACUGCAGCAUCCGUCCACAGGCUCAGACCCUGAGGAGGAGCCGACGGCCCCACCUGCAGGACAGCACACUCCAGAAACCCAGGAGGGAGGAAAAAAGGCAGCUCCAGGGCCAGUGCCCAGUAGUGGGAAACCUGGGAGGCCCGUGAUGCCUCCACCCCAAGUGCCUUUGCCCACGUCUUCCAUCUCGCCAGCCAAAAUGGCCAAUGGCACAGCAGGUACUAAGGUGGCUCUGAGAAAAACCAAACAGGCAGCUGAGAAAAUCUCAGCUGACAAAAUCAGCAAAGAGGCCCUGCUGGAGUGUGCCGACCUGCUGUCCAGUGCAAUCACGGAACCUGUGCCCAACAGCCAACUGGUAGACACUGGGCACCAGCUGCUCGACUACUGCUCAGGGUACGUGGACUGCAUCCCUCAGACUCGCAACAAAUUUGCCUUCCGAGAGGCUGUGAGCAAACUGGAACUUAGCCUACAGGAGCUGCAGGUGUCUUCCACAGCUGCUGGUGUGCCUGGGACAAACCCUGUCCUUAAUAACUUAUUGUCAUGUGUACAGGAAAUUAGUGAUGUGGUGCAGAGGUAGCCAUUGUCAGCCUAGGGGGAAAAGGCACACAUUUCUGAGGGGAGAGGGAAAGGGACUCGUUUUCCUGUGUUCUUGUUUUCAAAAGUAAAAGACUGAUACUUGAGUGUGUUUAUGUGAAGUACCUCAGAUCCCUGAGUUCUCACGUUUACAGGUUCAUCUCAAAAUAGCAAAAAGGAAAUCACAUAAGUAGAUAAGACAUCAGUUUGGUGGAUCAGGGCAGUGUGGACAGAAUUGGAAACUGCACUGGAAACUGCAUCAUGUAUACGUCAUAAAAAAGUACAGCCUUCCCUGUCUGGAAUGGCCUGUGGUGAUCCAUUGGGCUGCUCUCAGUUGUUCCGUAUCACGAAACGGGCCUUGACCUGGCAGGUCCUGGGGUUGGUUGUGCUUUAGUUCACCCUACAAAUUUGGGGAACAGAAGAAAGUAAAGUGAGGGAUGUAGCAGGAGUGUUUUACUCAAGGCUGGUGGAAGUGGCUGUUGGUCUUGCUUCCAUGGAUCAUUGCUGCUGUGUCAAGAACUGCAAAUUAGAUGGCUAGAAUACUCAUCUGGGAAACAUGGCCCUUUCAAUCUGCUUUUGCCGUGCUUGCCAUGGGUGUAUUAGUUGGUGCAGGAAGUACAGAAUACGAGAGAAGUUUAGUCGGAAUGACCCCACCAAAACUCUCAAGGUGAUGAGUAGUCACUUCCCCUCUUCCAGCAUGUUACUUCCUGUGGGCCAGUGUCCACUCACUGCUUCUUGGUGGCUCUCUGUAAACCAUGGGUGUAGGGGCCCUCUUGGUGGUUCUUCUCUGUCCCUUGCUGGGCAGGCUGUCUUCCUUUAUAUCUGGCAGCAUUCAGGGCAUUACCCAGCAUCAAUGUUGAAAAUAGUGGUCACUACAGGUUCUCAUAGGAGAGACUUCUUUUGCCCCUGAAUACUGACGUAAUGGCCACGUGAGCAGCUAUACAUAAUCUUUUGUUAGAUAAAAUACCAAGCAGAUACAGUACCUUUUGAAAACUGGCCCAGAGGCCUGAGACUGAGGAGCUUGCUUAGUCCACAUAGCUACUUGUACCUUUACCCUCCUGAAUACCUUAAGCUAAUCUGGGUGGACAGUAGGGGAAUCAUUAUUGCCUCCACAGUAUUCUCAUGUCCUUUUUCUUCGCUCACAUAUUAUCCCCAACCCUUUGUUGCACUUGGAGUUUGUGUUGGAAAUAUAUUUAUUUUGUCCUUUCAUCUCUAUCUAAGAAUGCAUAAUAAGAAGGGGUGGGUUAUUUUCAGGGAGUACCAGUUAGAUCCAGAAACCGAAAGGUUUAACCUACAGGUAGGUUUUGCCCUUGAAAAAUGGGCAUUUCCCUUCCCUAAUUACAGUUAUGGAAGCUAUUUAAUAGAGUAACAUGGAACAGAACAGGUUAUAUAUUAUUGAAGUUUUUGGUGCUGGAACUGUUUCCAGUUACUGGCUUUUACUUUGUGAACACCCCUUUUAUUCUUCAGAGAGAACCCAAUACAAAAUGUCCUGGUUUUUCUCCUUCCAAAGGAGUGUUAAUGUGGGAAGAUAGGAAUUCAGCACUGAGCAGUGUUUUCUUCCUGACUGUCACUGAUCGGCUGUCACGUCACUGCCCAUCUUUUGAUCUAUUAAUUGAAGGCAAUAGCCCACAUUCUCAAGAGUGUUUUGCAGACUAAUACACAGCUUCCUUUGAGAGCUUUUCUCGAAAGCUCUUUACUUAAUGUUUUUACGUUGGGCAGCUUUUCAUUCUCUUUGCUGAAUCACAAAUAAGAAACUUUAGAACUGCUGUCUUGACAAUAAUUGGGCCAGAAUCCUAAGGGGAAACUAUUUCAAGUUGCAUUUGGCAUCCUUGACCAAGGAAGAAAUUUAGUUUUCAUUAUAAAGAAAUAAAAUGUGGCUACAUAUCACUGCUGCUCCAGAUAAGGCUCAGGGUAAGAGGAGGCUUGGGGUGGAGGAGACGGCCCCUGAAGGUUAGUGUUCCCACAGCUGCAUUCUGGCUGCAGAAUCAGGUUGAUGCCCCUGUAGUCUCUGGAAGAGAAUGCUCCCUCCUCCUCCUUUACCACUCUCUGCCAUUGGAUUCACCCAUAAACUUGAAUUUAUUUUAGCAGUUAGCUUUGUACAGGUGGAAAAGAGAAAGCUAAAAUUUGAGGCCAUUAUUAAUGCUGCUUUUAAAGUUUAUCUCUGUCAUAGUGGGAUAUCUUAAGCAAUGGUUGUUUUCAGGUUUGGGUCUUGUUUUGUUUGUUUGUUGUUGGUUUUCCCUUCAGAGUUCUGAAAACAGGCUUGGAGAAACACUACUGAGUCUCUCGGCUCUCUGCUUUUCUCAGUCUGAGGUGCCAAGUCAAGGCCAUGACCUGCUCACAGAGGGGCCUCACUAAAUCCCUGAGUUUAAGUGACUUUUCUCUCAGUUCUGUCACGAGUAGCAUUGGCUGUUGUAGCACAAUUCUCUCUGCAUGAUCAGGAACUGUGGAGUUGUCAGGGAUUGAGGUCUUGGGCCAAAGAGGCAUUGUCAGCUUGCUAUGAAAGAGUUAUUUGGGUUUGUCACGUAUCUGCCUGCAAGGGGCCAGCUUAGAAAAGGGGAGAGAGGAAAAAAAAAAAAACAAACCAGCAAAUUAUAAGGUUUGAAUCUAGAGAAAACUGCUUUUAGAAACUAAAAAUGUAAUCUCUUGUAUAGCCUAAAAACAAAGCAGAUGGCAAGAGAAAAGGUUCAGGGUGUCUGGCAGUUCCUCAAGCCGUUAGAUCUAUGCAUAUCUUUGGAUUGUCACAGCUUGAUUACUUUCAUAUAAAAGUCUUGUGAUUUCAGUUGGAUUUCCCACCUUCAAAUGCAAUGUUCUAUAUAGAAUAUAUUCUAAUUAUGCUUUAUAGGAAGCUUUUUUCAAGCUUUGGGUACAAUGAUAUUUCACAUUUUCAGGUGAUUCUCAUCAUGACGUUCACAGAGAGACCUUAAAAUUGGCCCUUUGUAAAAGAUGUGUUUUGCAGUGACUUGCACUGAAUUGAACAUGAUACACCAAGUUUUGCUCUGUCAUGUAAGAAACUGAUUUGGUCAUUUUCACGAUGGCCUGUGUAAGGUGCGUGCUGCACAGUGGACACUCCAUGGUGUUAACUGCUAGUGACAACUCCUGACGCAGAAGCACACGUUAAUCCUCCAGAGGGUUUAAAGGAAAGUGGUGAAUUAGCCCAACUCUCUAUUGGAAUUUGGGGUGGGUGGGGUGAGACUAGCGAGUGUGUUUCCCAGAGCUUAUCCAGGUUUCACACACUCAUCACUGGCAGAAGAGGAGGCUGGAAAUAUUGGCUGUCACUAGUCCAUGUCCUGGAGCAGUCAGUGGCAGAGCUGAGGCUAGAAUGCAGGAGCCCUGACACAGCAGCGUCGCUCCACACCUGCUGCCUUGUGAGAUGCUCAGCUAGACAAUCUGCACACUUGGUGCCGCACACUUCUAAAGCACAGGCUCUGGCAGGCCCUGGCCAGGAGGGGCUUAGAUGUUCAGUAAUGGCAGUGUAGCUGGACAAGCCACCGUUCUUCCAGACCUCAGCCACACAGAAAUCUGCACUUUGUAGUUGAAGAAUACCAGCUUCAGUUGUUUAAAAACAAAAAAGAAAAAAAAAAAAAACAGUCCUACAUUCCUUUUUGUUCAAAAAUAAAUCUGUCGUUUGGUGUCAUUUUAAUGACUGUGAGAUAGUGUGUCUGAAAGCACCUUGAGAAAUCAAAUGCAAACCAGCUGUACAGUUGUAUUACAAAUGUCUGUACAGGGUGACCCAGCUUGGAGCUGCAGCUAGAGAAUCACCUCCAUAGUUUGUUGCGAAAGUAUCUAUGAAACUGCUAAAUGAGUAUGUGAAGAUCCUGCAAAUGUUUGCUAACAGUUCAGAGCUAAGGACCUUCAGAACAUUAGGGACCAAUUCUUUGGUUUAAUUCUCAUCUUUAAAGUAGUCAGGUGACAGCAUGUGAUCAACAGUAACAACACUAAGGCAAGAGAGUCAAGCUCAGACCAGCCCGGGCUGCAAAGUGAGACUGGAGGAGGGCUUGCUCCCUUUGGAGCCCGGCGGCUCUCUCAGGCCCUGGACAGGAAGACGACGGCCCUCUUUUUCUUGCGCAUUCAUCUACUGCACACAUGCUGGGCUCUUGGCAUCCUUGCCAUGGUAGGAGCAGACUCAUUUCCCGUUGGUGUUGACAGCAUCUUUUUAAAACAUGCCUUGGGGGCUUGGAGGGGUUAGGGGAAGAAGACCGAUGUACUUGGAGAAUUUCUAGAAUUUUCUAUUGGUUAUAAACAACAUUGGCAUUUAUCAUCUCCUUAAAAAGUAACUGAGCUUAACUCACCUAUUAGUUCUACCAUGAUAGUCUGGUAGCUAAUAACCUAUCAUACGCUCAGGUGGCUGCACUCUAUAUUCUGACCACCCUGUAUUUUUCUAGUAAAUCAUGCCGAGGCAGCUUACAUCCAGUUUUGCUCUACUCAGACCUCUCCGUGUUUUUCUGCCUUUGCUAGUGAUAUCAUUGUCACCGUUAGGCCAUAUCUUCCUUCAGGGGAGUUGGUAUGGGGUUGAGAGUCGUCUUUGUUCCUGUUCUUAGUGAUCUUGCAUGCCUUAACUUGCUUCCUCGGAAUCUGAGAUCCAUCUUUUUGCCCUCAGCAUCUGCUAUGGCCAGUACUUUUUAUAUUUCCUGUCAACUGCCUUAGGUUCAUCAAGCCAGUAGCCCAGUUCUUUGAAAUUGCCUGUUUCUGUUUGGGUUUUGUAGGCAUGCAGAAGCCUAGAGUAAGGCAGCUCCAAGGGACCCUGCACACAAACCGGCUGAGGCAGCCCAAGGGUUUCUAUGGCUCCCAUGCUGCCAUUGCCUCUGAGGCAGAGAGGUGAGGCUUCUAAAAUUUGGCGUACUCCUUAAGUCUUAUACAUAGAGUUCCAGUUUUUCCAGCAUAUUGGGUCAGUAGCGCUUGGAACAGUGGCUCCUGUCACCUGCGCUGGUCAGCAGAGCGCAGUGGCCCAGCUUCACUGCUAUUGCCUAUGGUCCUGCUACUGAGGAGGCUGGCGUGACUCACCCUGCUCUCGAGCACUGGCAGCUGACUCUUGGCUCCAGCUUGUUUUUAUAAGGCUGCUACUUGUGUGUGAUAACUUUCCUUUUGGACUAGCUCCCCAGGUGCCAUGGGAGGACCCUGGAUAAGGUGUGGGGCAGUUUAUCUUGAUUAGAAGCUGCCAGAAGUCAUCCUCAGGAUUGUACCUUCAAAGAUGGGUCCUGAGUGUUGCUGGGAGAAAUAUGCCUGCUGGGUUGGUGUGCAUAACUAUUGAACUAGAGCUGUUGUACAAGCCUCACCAGGGUUCAAAGUCCCUGUUGGUUCAGCCCCCCACUCAUCUCUGCAAAGGAGAUGCCAACUGGCAGGUUGCUGCUACACCUUUCUUAGCCCUGUGUGAUGAGCUGAGGGAAGGAAGCCCCUUUUGGACCUGUCCUUCCCUCCCCGCACACUCCCUUAGCUCCAUGUACACCUGUAAACCUGAUGCUGUUUACGUCUCCUGGAUAAUAAUAAUCUCAUUUCCCUGUCACUGUAAACCUGAAUACAGUAGCAGAACCCUGGUAGCCAGAACGGACAGGUGAGUGGCACACUGAGUGGGUCUGCAAAUUUACCGUCAUCUAAGGGUCCUCGGACAUAGUAUCUUCAGGGAAGAAUAGGGCUGUUCUGCAGGUCCUGAGUUACUCAGCCGUUCCCAGAGUAUGGACCCUAGUCCGUUAGCACAUGGAGGAGGCAUUGUCAUACUAACAAGGUAGUGAAAGGAAAUGCUGCGGAUUCUGUGGGUGGAGCUCACAGAAGCAAGCUUAGGCUUGCUUCUGAGCCUCUGAAUGGUUUAACAUCUUGUUUUUUGCAACCAUACAAUUUAGGGCAGGUGGGACUUAAUAACAAUUUCCCAUACGUAGGUUCCUAGUUUUCAGCAGUUAUAAAACAACAAGUUAUUGUUGAGUCAGAAUAGUGCUGCAGAGGGCUGCGGUGCUCCAGGACCAUUAGUUCCCACAUUAUGUUUGGUAUUCUUAAGGACCCAAGCUGUGCAUUGGGAGUGGCAAGAAUGCUGAUGGUCAGGGCCACAGGAACGAGCAUUCUUGAUCUCCACGGCCAGCUUCCACUAUGCCACCUGACCUCCAUCUUGAGAAAUGGCCUUCAGGGAAAAUGAGUAUUCAGAAAUUAAAGAGAAGGUGAGGUUCUCUCUGCAGCUCCUUAUCACCUGUGGCAGUGAUGUGGUGAGCAUGCCGCCUCGAGCAGCUCCCUGAGCACACUGCACACACAGACCCGUACUUUGUAGCCCCUGCACUUCCUCCCCUUUGCAAUCUGGUUCUGUUGUGACUAUCAGUGGAGAAACGCCGAUUUGUGCUUGCUUGGUAAAAGUAAAUAUGAACAUUUUGUGGUUGAUAGAACUUUGUCCUAAAACUUGCUAAUUCAGACUCUUUAAAACUAAUGUUUAUACCAAAGGUUACACUGCAGGCGUAGGUGGUGCACAGAGGGUGACGCCCACAGUGGGCGCUGUGUGCAUUGCUAGGGGGACACAGUGCCCAGUGAGACCAUAUGGGAUUUAACUAAAACACAUCAGUCUUGGGUCACACUACCACUGCUGUCAAGUAUUUGUUCUUAAUUGUUACUGUAAUAUAUUUUCAGUUGUUUUUCUAAUUUAAUUCUCUCACUCUGUUGUCUGACUGUGAACUGCUAACAGUGUUAAACUUGAUGUAAAUAAAUGAUGCCCUAGGCAGGGACUGCUUCCUGCUGUGUCUCACAAGGUUUGCAAGUUGUGUUUUGUUUUAAAUAAAGGUUGAAAUAUUUUAU